AUGAGAUUAGAGGUAGGAGAUAUUGAAGAGGAUGAUGGAAGAGUUGAAAGAAUUAGAAUUUAGAACUUAAUGAAUCUUAAGGAUGAGUACAUCUAAUGGUACAAUAAGGCUAUAUCUUUCGAUUUUACUCAUUUAACACCAAUAAGACUCAACAUGGAGAGAUAAUCUAACGAAUCGGUACUCUAUUACUAUCUAUUUGAUAUUGAGACUUGGAAGAGGAAUGAAUUCUGUAUGGCUUAAAGGUUGGUCCCCAUAAAUAAAGUUGCACCUAAAUUGCGAGAGUUGAAGAUGUGA